AUGACCCCACGCCCGUUGUUGAGUCUGUCGAAGUCCCUGCAUAAUGUCACCCGGCAUGCCCCCUCAACCCCGCUGGUGCUGUACAUCCCCCCCUUCUCACCAACCCCGGGCACACAGCCGGCCGUCCCACGGUUCCUUCGCCCGUACCCUACCGCCGUCAUCAACUACCGCUGGUCCGCCCCGGUCCCCACCCGUCAACCAUCCCCAGGCACCGCCGCCGGCGAGGACCAACAGCACGACUUCAGCACCCCCCUGCAAUGGCCAACGCCACUGCACGAUACGCUCGCCGGCUACACCUGGAUCACAGAGAACUUGCGGCCGCUCCGCAUCGCCCGCCGCGACGUCUAUGUCUACAGCUCCCACGCCGGUGCCAGCAUCGCCGCCUCCCUGGCCCUCACCGAGUCGCACCAUCAUGAGCGCAUGGCCGUCCGCGGGCUCGUUGCCUGGAACGGCAUUUACAACUGGUCCAUGUUCCUGCCCGAUCACAAGGUCAACAAGCCAGCCUCCGCUCGUAGUAAGAAGCUUCCACCGCGGCCCGAGGAAGGGUCGGCACUACACAUGUUGCAGAUGAAGAUGCCUGAGCUGUUCCGCGCGCCGGUGGAUUUGCUGGAUCCCUUUGCGAGCCCGAGCCUGUUCUUCCAGACGGCGGGCCGCGGCCGUGUCCUCCUUCUUGGACAAGUUGUCCUCCAUGACGAGCGAGGUGAAGCCGUCAGAUAUACUGGGCCUCACCAGCAGCGCAUUCCCAGCGCCGAGACGAAGCGCGCUCGUCUUCCCGCCGAGGAAAUCCACGCUGAAGCUGCCGUCAACACUGUUCCUCCACGACUCCCCUUCGGCCGAGCCAGCCCCCAGCGCAGAACCAUGAAGACGGCAUCGUCGCUAGCCAAGGAGCUUGCCUCGAGAACGGCAAGGCAGCGUAAGGUGACGGGACAUACGUUUAAGGCCCAGGCGACGGAGCUGGCGGGUUUGAUGAGGCGGAGCCUGGAGAAGCUCGAGUUCAAGGCGCGGAUGGAGUGGGACGAGGACUUUGACGAGGUCGCCGAGGCGGAGAGGCGGGUGGGCAUUGUCGAGCUCGGCGAAAAUGAGGGCCUGGAGCUUGGCGAGCAAGGACAGGAGGCCGUGAGGGAGUGGUUGGAGGACAGGAUACGUUUGUGA